ACAAUAUUGACGGCGCCUUCAAAUGGGAGAACGGAAUGUCAUAUUUCUUCAAAGGAUCUCAAUAUUUCCGCUUCAAUGACGUCGACUUUGAGGUGGACACUAAAGCUAAACCUCCGUUCCCUCGACAAACUGCCCAGUGGUGGUUCGACUGUCAGGCCGCUAGUCGUAAGCAGAAGAAGAAGGAACUGCGGACCCGAAGCGGUAGUCUACUGAAGGAAGAGUCGCGUUCGGUGUUUGUGGGAAACGGCGACAGCAAUGACAUGGACUAUAUGGCCGACAGCCAGAGGACGACCACUUCGGCGUCGAGUGACGCGCGUAUAGUGCGAGUGGACAAAGAGGACAGGGAGUGGCGAAUGCACGGACGGCCCGAUCGCGACGAAGCGGCCGCCUUCGAGUCGGGCGCCUCCGGGACAGCAUCUUUGAGUUCAUUAAGUUGUAAGACUAACCCAAUACUAAUGCUAUCACUUCUAUUGAUUUCACUUUUCAAACAUGUAUUUUAUGGG